AUGUGGCAACUCAAGAUGGAGGUCAUUCUGGUUCAAGACGAAGUUGAUUUGGCACUACAAGGAGUUGAGAAUAUUCCAGAUAAUAUGUCAAAGGAAGAUCUUGAGGGUAUGGAUAAGAAGGCCCGAUCAAGCAUUAUUCUAAAUUUUUCUGAUGAGAUUUUACGGGAGGUAGCUACGGAGACUAUGACUAAGAAGGAAUAUACUAGUUGUACAAAUAGUGCGCAGAAGCAGAUGAAGCUUGAGAUUGAUAGUUUAGAUUCUUUUAAGUUGAACUCUUCUACUCAAAGAAUGCCAGUAGAUGGUAUGGAAUCUACUGACAAAGAUUAUCUAGAGGAAGAGCAAUAUUCCAUAGCUAAAGAUAGAUCACGGAGAAAUAUUCGACCACCACAAAGAUAUGCAAAUUUGGAGAAGGCACUUCUCACGACGAAGCCAGUGCUGGACGAUGCAAUAGGAGGGGUUUACAAGUCGCUACACCCUGCGAAGAUGGUGGUCGCCGACUUAGGUUGCUCCUCGGGCUCCAACACUUUCGUGGUGAUGUCCGAGGUGCUCGACGUCGUCGGCGACCUACGACGAAGUCUGCAGGAACGUCAGGAGCCACCGGAGAUCCAGUUCUUCUUAAAUGACCUUCCGGGGACGACUUCAAUCACGUUUUCCGGUGUCUGGGCGAGUACAAGAGGAAGGUCGAGCAAGAGAAGGGGAAUCUGCUGGUGCCCUACUACGUGGUGGGAGUGCCGGGCUCCUUCUACGGCAGGCUUUUCCCACGUCGGAGCGUCCACUUCUUCCACUGUUCCUCAAGGACUCGACACCGAACGGGGUGCUUCACUCAACAACACGAACAUCUACAUUACAGAGACAAGCCCACCGGAGGUUGUGAAAGCAUAUCAACGACAAUUCCAAAGAGACCUUUCAGAAUUUCUCAGGUGUCGGUAUGCAGAACUCAGCUACGAAGGCAGACUGGGAAUGAUAGAGGAGGACAAACUGGUAACCUUCAAUCUGCCACGUUAUGCGCCUUCCAUGGAAGAAGUGAAGGCAGUGAUCCAUGGUGAUGGUCUGUUCGAUGAAGAAGACACACAAGUUUUCGAGGCUAAUUGGGACGCGUUCGACGAUUCGGACGAUGAUUCUGCUGCAUUCGACAGUGAUCUAAGCGGCAAAAACGUGGCAAAAUACGUAAGAGCAGCGGUGCAACCAUUGAUUUCGGAGCAAUUCGGCGACGCCAUUCUCGAUGAGCUCUUCGCUAGAUAUGCAGCAAAUGUUUCGUGGCACCUCCUUCAGCAGAAAACUAAGCAUAGCGUGUUUGUCAUUUCCUUGAAGAAAAAGAAUGAAAGCCAUCUCGCUGCUGCUUGA